AUGGAUAAGAAACCACCACCCGAUCACGAGUCCGGUGGUGAUCUUAUUAAAAAAGAUUCGGGAGCAGGUCCUAUUAUAAAAUUUCCAAUGCGUGAUUUAAUGAAUAAGAGACCACCUGGUCAUGAUCCCGAAGCGGAUAUUACAAAAAAACAUUCAGAUUAUGAAGGUUUUCAUGAGCGGGCAGAUAGCAUACGACGUGAUGAUGAGUCCGGAGAUGAUCUUAUUAAAAAAGAUUCGGGAGCAGGUCCUAUUAUAAAAUUUCCAAUGCGUGAUUUAAUGAAUAAGAGACCACCUGGUCAUGAUCCCGAAGCGGAUAUUACAAAAAAACACUCGGAUUAUGAAGGUUUUCAUGAGCGGGCAGAUAACAUACGACGUGAUGGUGAUUCCGAAGAGGCUAUUAUAGAAGACCUAAGGCCUCCAAGAGAAAGACACUAA